AUGUUAUAUGUGCAUCUGUUGGAUAUUCAAAGAAAUCUUAGAAAUAAUUGGACAAAUAGAACUCGAAUAGAACAAACGAUUGAUAUCUCGACAUUUACGGGAGAUCUUCGAAAAAAUGGAAUUCUAAUUCCAAUAGCAACACUGAGUAAAGAUAAACGUGAACGUGAACCUGAAUAUGAUGCAAUACAAAUCAAAAUCUGUUAUCAACGUAUGUGGCUUAAAAAACUUCAUGAACGUGUUUAUAAUGAUCCAUGUCAAGGCAAUGUUCCUUCAUUUGAAGAUUUCAUUCGAUAUAUUCUUGUUGAUACACAAUCAUCUGUUGGAAUAUCUCAAAUGGAUUUACAUUGGCAACCUUAUUCAUCUAUUUGUCAAGUUUGUCAAUUGAAAUACAAUUUUAUUGGUCGAUAUGAAACAUUUAAUAAGGAUUUGUAUAAUUUAUUUCGAUACUUCAAUCUCUCGAAUUGGAUUAGUCAAAAGAAAUAUUCUUCAUCUCAUCUUAUCAAAUGGAAUUAUCAAAAAUUUUAUUUCAAUUUACCAAAUAAUUUUAUUUGUCAACUGAUACGUUCAUAUGAAGAAGAUUUUCGUUUCUUUAAAUAUGAAAUAAAUGAAUUUAGUAAUCGAAUAGAUUUCAUGAUCAUCUAA